CACGUGCCGGAGGAUGUUGGCAUGGCAACCAUAGGGUUGGUACAUUUCUUGUUAAGAUUCCGGAACCGGAUGUGUAAUGCAGGGCCAUGCACGUCUCUUGCACGAUGCUGUGCCGGCUCCUUCCAAAAAGUAACCAUCGCUGGUUACAGCGAAGAUGGCUCGCGGCACAUGGUUUGACUCCACACAUGUUGGUUUUGCACUGGCAGAAAAUAUUUGAAACUCACAAAGUCCCAGAGGCAAGGGAAUCAAGUGAAAUCAUCAUAUCGCAUGCCCUGGGAGGCAAAACCCUUCAUGGUAUUCCUCCUUCAGAAGCCCAGAGGCCUGUCUCUGCUAGUCAGCUGGAGCACAUAGAAAGCAUGGGCCAGCAGCGCCUGAACAGGGUCCCAGUCCAGUACGUUAUUGGAGAGUGGGAUUUUUUGGACAUGACUUUGCAGAUGCGACCUCCGGUAUUUAUCCCGCGGCCUGAGACAGAAGAGUUGGUGGGCUUAGUGCUUGCUGAAAGCCAAGGGCUGAAGAACUCCAUGAAACCUCGUAUUCUUGAAGUUGGAUGCGGUUCGGGUGCAGUGUCUUUGGCUCUACUUCGCCAUUUACCACAGUCUCAUGUUCUAGCCAUUGAUAAAACAGAAGCAGCUGUGAAUCUCACCCGGGACAAUGCAGAAAGACUCGGGCUUCAAGACAAAAUCCAUAUUCUGCGUCACGAUGUUAUGUUAGAUCCCCCAGAGCGUCUGCUUUCAUGGGGUCCUGUGGAUGCAAUAGUUAGUAACCCUCCUUACAUAUUCACUGCUGAUAUGUCCCAGCUAGAGCCUGAGAUCUUCCGGUACGAGGAUCACAAUGCGUUAGAUGGCGGUCCGGACGGGAUGAAUGUAAUUCAGGGUAUCUUGCACCUUGCACCACAGCUUUUGAAUCAGGGGGGGGACGUGUUCCUAGAGGGUGAUCCUCGACACCCUGACAUGAUUCACCAGUGGUUGCAAAAAAAUACUGGAAUCCACCUGAGAUUGAUUAGUAUGGUGCAAGACUUCUGCAAAAAGCCAAGGUUUGUCCAUUUGAGGAAAGACUGAAGUUAUGUUUCCUGCUAUAGCUGAGCCGGUCCUGAGGAUGCCAUGUCCACAUCCCCUAUCAGCGGAGACCGGGAUUUACAGGCAAAAACUGAACCGGGUUAACAAAUAUAUGCAAGAUACAUAGCAACAUGUUUUCAUUGCGCUCUCUUUGUUUUACACAGUAACUAAUAAAGUGGCCUUUAUAACUUGUGUUCUUGGAACGGCAUUUUGGUUUAGGAUCUCUGUAUAUUUUUUUGCAAUUCUGCGCUUUUUUAUCACAUUUGUGUCACGUAAUAAAACCUGUUUUACGGAUCA